UAAGGUUGUGCUGGGUGCUAGACAAAUUAAAGCCAAAUCCUUUUCAUCUUCCGUUACUGUCUCAGUUUAUAGUUUAUCUAAGCGGAAUAGGGGAGAAUAUAAUUGUUGUAUAACUAAUAAUUGUAUAAUUAUUUGUUGAAAUUGCGUGAGUGGCGUAUACUUAGUUUGAAAUGUACACACUGUACUAUGGUAACGAGCUAUUGCAGAUGACUGUAGUUUCCAGUAUUGUUUGUGAAAUUCCAUCGGCAAUUAAACUAUGGAAGGGCCUUGCUCCAGCAGACUACUACAUCACUCAAUGUGGCCAGCGAAUUGAUAAAUGGCAGAAUUUGCGCAGCAGUGCUCCUUUACGGAUCAACGAAAGGCUUACCGGUGGCAAGGGAGGUUUUGGUUCGAUGCUGCGUGCAAUCGGAGCACAGAUUGAAAAAACCACCAAUCGUGACGCAUGUCGUGAUUUGAGCGGACGCCGUUUGCGUGACAUCAAUGAAGAAAAGCGACUGAAGGCGUGUACGACGACUCAGCAACAUUCUUCAAAGAAUGAUCACUAAAAAAUUAUUAGGCAAAUCGAGAAACUUACCAAUCCCAAGCCAAAUGUUGAGGAUCAACAGCACCAACGUGGGAGUAUUUAUGGGGUUGAUAUGGCGGAAGAGGCUAUAAUUGAAGGUUUGGGAAAACCAGGCAAAAGAAAACGCAGUCCCGCAAACAGAGGUAACGCUAAAAGAGGCCGUGAUUACGUGUGGAUAGGGACGGAACAUAUUUCUUCAGGAAGUGAGACAGAUUCUUAACCGGGUUUAAUAACGGCAUGUACCUUCAAACAAUCAACAAUAUUCUGAGCAAGACGUCCGAGAGCGACAUUGAUCAAUGGCCUGUGAUGGGUUCGAUUAUGUGUUGAAAUAUAUUAUUUGAACUAACUAUGAACACAAAAGGAGAAUGCCUGAGGCUAAAUUCCGACCAGACGAAGAAACUACGGAUUAGGCGCAAAUUCUCAAUCAACUGACGUUUAUGAGCUUCCAAAAUAUUUUUAUAUUUUUUUCUCAUAUUCAUAUCUGAUCGACUCGUUUUUUUCGUGUUUCAUGUAAUUCCACUCAUGUUCUACUUAACUAGCAGUAGAUGAUUUUACAUUUUUAGUUCUUCAAGUUAUUUGAGACAAGGAAACAAGAUACAAUUGACGGUUUUUGAUCUGGGGAGAUCUUAAUCUGGAGAGUAUGAUGUAUGAUGUGAAAGCAGUUCCCAGGAACUAUGUCUGUCAUCCAAAUCUUUAAAUGUAAUUAGAGCGGAGCACUUUUAGUUAAAAGCUAUGUUCUACAAUCAUACCACUACUUCCAAUGUGCAUUCCAGCUUAUUCUAAGUUUUAUUGGUAAGAUUUUUUUUUAUAGAUUCGACACAGCUUGAUCCAUUGCCUAGGUUGGUACAUUUUUGUGUUCACAAAUAUAGCAGGCGCAAUAUGUUGUGCAGCAUCGAGCCCCUUGGUGUGGAAAGCAACAAAAUAUUGAUCGUUACGAGAGACCGCAGUUAGUUUUUUCAUUUGUAUGUAAAUUUACUACCUUCACAUGCGCGGUUGUUUUGAUUGUGCAAAGGUAAAAAUCGUAAAAUCGUAAAUCGUAAAAUGGAGCGAUAAAAUAAUACGCACAACGGGUAACGUAGCCCACGUUUGGGGUUUGAAGGGAUUGACAUUAGCAUAUAAAAAGGUACUUCCAUGAAACAAGCUUGUUCACAGACUAUCGUUUAAUCUAAAGUCUAAAAACGGCGAGUGA